GAGUGAAACGGUUGUGGCUACAAACAGAUGCAAGUAACACGAGUAGUGCCGCCGAGUGCGGAGACCUUUCUUACAGGGUCUUUGGUCUCCGACGAAAAAAACCUUCGAGAACUAAAAGCAAUGUCACCAUGAGCGGCUUUACCGGCAGGAGAAAUAAAACCACACAGGGAGUGGAGCUGCAUGUGUUUUAUGUACCCGAAGAUCAGUUUGAUCGAAGGCUGAAUAAAGUGUCGGCUGAUGCGGUGAACGCUUUCAUAUCAGCAGGAUUUAUCAGGAUUGAUUCUGAUAUAACACUGUCUGAUCUCAGAGCUGAUCUUGGAUCAUUUCUCGGGCUGGACAGGAUCGCUGAUAAAUAUGUGUUUUUAAAAUGUGUCGGCAGAAGUCUGGCUCUGGUUAAAUUCAGACAAGAAGGAGAACUGACAGUAAAAUCAUUUGCUCCACCGUUUGCUCCUUUUCCUGAACUCUAUCUUCUGCCGGUGGGUGAAAAUGACAGUGGUCUUUGCUCUAGCUCACUGACUCCUGAUACUUUAGUCAGCAGCACUGACCAUCACAGUCAAGAUUUACUCAGACCCACAUGUGCACCUGGCCAGAGUAAAGAGCCCAUUAAAUUCCCUUCAAUCAACAAGAGAGCUCAACAGUCUGUCCUCACGCUGGCGGAAGAGAAGAACGAGAGCGACGAAGACACACGUCAUCUGACAUACAGUUCACAAGAUCAGAUGGAGCCUGAGGCCAAACAGUCUGAAAGGCAUAUUGCUAAACAGGAUGUUUAUUCUCAAGUAACAAUGGAUACGGUCACAAAAACAAAACACAGCUUUAAAAGAACUUCCAGUGGAGAUCCAGGGUUAUUUGUGGAUGCUGACCCCUCUCCUGUAUUGGUUAGGAAAUUCAAUACCUCAAUGACAUUGAAAUCAAGCGGAGAAAAAUCUGAUCAUGUGGUUCCUGUGAGCAGACCAAACUCUCCACUCCCCACAGUGUGUUGUUCUCAGCUGUCUCUUUACUCUCUAGAACUUUAUACACAACAAACAACCACAUGUGACGAGUUAAUAAAGGAAAUCAAGCGACUGAAAGAACAGAGAAAACAGCUUGAACAAACCAGACAUGAGCUUUUGAAAAAGGGAAGAGAGCUUCUAGCCCUUAACAGACACCGCAGGAAUCAAGCACGUGACAAAUGGAAAAGGAAAUAUUUUGACACUAAGAAGGCCACAGUUCAACACGAAAACACUCUCAGGAGUGUUAGACAGGAACUUCACACUUUUUAUUGUAAAAUGCUACGGCAACUCCAAGCCCGAGAAAGUACAAGACGUCAAACACAAGCUGGAAAACUGUCAAGCACAAAGAAUGAUCGGAUAAUCCAGAUUAUGACGGAGAGCUGUGAAAUUGAUAAUCUGAGGAAAAAUGUGGAUGAUGCAAAAAUGAAACUGGCCACAGAGAUCAAGCUGAGAAAUCAAGCAUCUACAGAACUGCAGGCACUGAGGACAGAGCUGAUGCAGAAGAGAUCUCAGAUGUGAACAUGAAUCUGAUGUCCUAAAUUGCCAUUUUAAUAGACAUUAUAUAAAUUGUGAUUUGACUUGAUGCUAAAAUAUUGAAGUAUUCAUUAAGUAUCAAAAUAAAUAUUUUAAGUAUUUUAAAGGUGAAAUGUGAGUGCUUUUCUUUGUUUAAAGGGGUGAUAUGACAGGGCUAAAACUAAUAUUAUGGUUUGUUUUAGAUGUAAUGCAAUGUGUAUACACGAUUUAAGGUUUAAAACGUUGUAUUUUCCACAUACCGUGCAUGUUUGUAUCUCCUCUUUGUCCCGCCUCUCUGAAUCGCGCAGAUUUUUUACAAAGCUCAUGGCUCUGAAAAGCGAGGUGUGCUAUGAUUGGCCAGUUAACCAGUGCGUAGUGAUUGGUCAAAUACUGCAAGCGUGUGACGGAAGUGUAACGCCUCUUACCAUAUUUGGAACAUCAGGUUCCUCUUCAAUUGUACUCACAGGUAUGCCCACCUCACUUGCGUAUACAUUUGGGCGGUCUUAGUCAAAUCAUACCACGAACUGACGUAGAUUUGUGGGGGUGUGGUUACACGAUGCGUUUCAGGCAGGUCUGGGUGAGCAUUCGCUUUUAGAUAGAAUGCAUCUUUUGUUCCCACACUUUCAUUUUUGCAAUUUCACGUGUCUAAUACAUGCAUGGGCAACUUAUAACACGCGCCAUAUGACCCCUUUAAAUGUUUUUGGAUGGUGUAGAGAUGGGGGAGACAUCAUUAUUUUGUUUUGUGUUUUUAUAAGUGUUUGUAUAGCAACAUGUAC